AGAAGUCAAGGAGCUUACUCACACACAGGUUUCAGGGGAAGAAAAGUAAUGGGUUUUUCCAGAACCAUGUUUGGAGUGAUCUUUGUGUUUGCAUUGUGGUUUGAGGUACUUGAAGGAGGAGGAGGAGGAGGGGGUCUGUCUUAUGAUUUCUAUGAGGGAACAUGUCCACAAGUUGAGGACAUUGUUAGAGCUGGACUUAAAUCUGUCUCUCUCACUGAUCCCACCACCCCUUCAGCAAUGUUGAGGCUCAUGUUCCAUGAUUGCCAAGUUCAGGGCUGUGAUGCUUCAAUCCUGAUCGAUACCGUAACAAUGCCAUCAGAAAUGGACUCAACAAAAAACUUUGGGAUCAGGAAGAGAGAAACAAUCACCCUGCUGAAAUCAAUGGUGGAAGUAGUCUGUCCACAUCGAGUUUCUUGUGCUGACAUUCUCAUCCUGGCCGCCCGCGAUGCAGUGGCAAUGUCAGGCGGCCCAUGGAUACAAGUGCCCUUGGGAAGAAGGGACUCCAUUUCCUUUCCUAGCUAUAGCCUGGCUGAUUCUCUGCUUCCUGCAGCAGGUUUAGGAGUUGAUGGUAUGCUGAGGAUUUUUGGCAGCAAAGGGAUGAGCAUUGAAGAAUCUGUUGCCAUUAUGGGAUCCCACACUCUAGGAGUCUCGCAUUGCUUCAACAUCUUCACUCGUCUACAAGCCCCACAACAAGGCAAGGCUGAAUACAUAGAACCAGGGCUCGAAACGCUUCUGAAAUUAAGCUGUCCAUUAGGCUCAUUGACCCCAAACAGUAGCUUUGUUGUGAAUGACCCUACCUCAUUAACCUUUGACAACCAAUACUACCUCAACGCAAUGAGAGGCCGCGGGAUCCUGAGAGUCGAUGCAGAGUUGCCUUCGGACCUGAGGACAGGUCCUUUUGUUCGGAACUUUGGGGAAAAUCAAGAGGAUUUCUUCCGGGCUUUUUCUUCCGGUUUUGUGAAAUUGGCCUCUUCGGGUGUUCUGACUGGUGACCAAGGUGUUAUUAGAGGGAUUUGUAGUGUUAUUUGACAGAUUGUGCUGUCAUUGUUCUUUGUUUAAGCUGAUACACAGUCAUACGGAUAUGUACUCAUCUUACGUAUCAAUUGGCUGCUUCUUCUU